AUGACUCUCCUCAUGAACGGCGCUCUCCCUCCCUCCGAGGAGCCUCCCCAGGCCACAUCCACAUCGCAGUCCCUCCCCCAGCGCCUGCAGACCUUCAAGCUCCAGCAGCAGCAGCUCGCCGACCUCCGCCGCGAGGAGCAGCAACGCAAAUGGCAAGAAAUCAACGACGCCCUCAGCAACUUCCACAUCACCCCCGCCGCCGAGGACCAGAACUUCGCCGAGCUGGCAGAGGAGGUGCGCGGCUACGAGUCGUACAUCAGCAUCGGCCACCCGCCCCAGGACCAGCAGGCAGGCGAGGCAUCCUCUCAUUCUCUUCGGCGAUGGCCGCGCGCCAGUGCAGCGAAGAAGAAUGAACGGACCGCCGCGAGGAACGGCCAGCUGUUCCGGGAUGACCCCGACGCGGUGCUGCAGCCUCUCCGGUGCCCCGGCAACGGACAGGUCAUUUUCUGGUUUCCCGACUCCCUGCCCGAGCUGCGCAAGACGGGGGAGAAUGCGCUCAACCAGAUUGUGCUGCACCUGGAUGACAACUUUGACUUUUCGCUGCAUCGCGAGGCCAAGAUUGAGUGGAUAUCUCGCCGCUGGGUCAAGCUUGAUUUCUGA